AUGGACAAAGGUGGGGGCAAGUCCCAGCCAGCAGAAGAUCGCAGAGUCACACGGACAGCUCCAGGCUCAACCCUGGCUGAAAACGCGAGGUUGGGUGCCACAACAGGUAUGCCUGACAGUAGUGACACCACCCUUGGGACAGCCCCACCAGUGCCACCCACCACCACAGCCAGCAUCACUGCUCAGCAAAGCGGGACAGCCCCACCAGUGCCACCCACCACCACAGCCAGCAUCACUGCUCAGCAAAGCGCAGCUGCAUUGGACCACAGCUAUCAUACUGCUAAGCCCACCACAGACCUGGACAUGGACCUGGACAUGGAUAUGGCUUCUCCCACCACAGAGAAUGGGCCUGCAGAGCUGCUCCUGGGGUUGCCCACUCCUAUGGCUGGAGCGGCUGAGCCAAGCACCAGUGAUGCCACCCCAUCGGCACGCUCUGCCCUAGGCAGCAAAAGACCUACAGCAGUGGCUGUCAUGCGUAUGGUGUCACCCACAGCUCCAGAGCUGGUUGUGACACCUUACCUUGGCCUCGCUCACAGCACUGCUGAGCCAGAUGUCAGUAUUUCCUCUCCUGUCCCUGGGAACACCCAUCUGGUGGUGGUGGCACCUUCUGUCACCCCCAGCAUCACCAUCAAUGGUCCAGCAGUGGGAGCAGGUGACGCCAGUCUCAGCAGUGCCUCUGCUCCACGCAGCCCCCGUGCCACCAUGAGGCCAUACUCUGAGGCCACUGAUAGCACCCGCGACCCCGGCUUGAGGGCUGUCAGCCUGGUUGCUGAGGAUGAGACCAUGGCUGCAGUCUCCUCGCUGGCUGUUGGCCAUGCACACGUGUGGGAGACUACAACUGUGUCCCCAUCAGGUGCCGGGAGUACCACUGCAGCCAGGCAGACCCCUCCCAAGCCAGCAACAAGCAUCACUUCUCCCACAGCCAUCAGCAACCAUGCCAUGGGACAGCCUGUGAGCACGUCACCUCCUGGCUUCCGAACAUCUCUAGGGGCACCUGCCUGGGGGAAGAAAACAGCCACCACUGCUGGGAGCACCACGGCCACCACUGCUGGGAGCACCACGGCCACCACUGCAGGAAGCGUCACAGGCACCACUGCAGGCAGCACCACGGCCAUCACUGCUGGCAACGCCAUGGCCACCACUGCAAGGAACACCACAGCCACCGCUGCAGGGAGCACCACAGGCACCACUGCAGGCAGCACCACAGCCAUCACUGCCAGCACCACAGCCACCGCUGCAGGGAACACCACAGCCACCGCUGCAGGAAGCACCAUGGUCACCACUGCAGGAAGCACCACAGCCACCGCUGCAGGUAGCACCACAGCCAUCACUGCAGGAAGCACCACAGCCACCGCUGCAGGUAGCACCAUGGCCAUCACUGCAGAGAACACCACAAGCACCACUGCAGGCAGCACCACAGCUACUGCUGCAAGGAGCACCACGGCCACCACUGCAGGGACCACCACAGCCACCACUGCAGGCAGGACCACCACAGCCACCGCUGCAGGCAGCCCCACAGGCAUCACUGCAGGGAGCACCGCAGCCACCAUGGCAGGCAGCACCACAGGCACCACUACAGGCAGCAUCACAGCCACUGUUGCAAGGAGAUCCACCGCCACCACUGCAGGGAGCACCAUGGUCACCACUGCAGGGAGCACCACAGCCACUGCUGCAAGCAGCACCAUGGCCAUCACUGCAGGCAGCACCACAGCUACUGCUGCAAGGAGCACCACGGCCACCACUGCAGGGACCACCACAGGCACCACUGCAGGGACCACCACAGGCACCACUGCAGGCAGCACUGCAGCCAUUGCUUUUGGCAGCACUGUGGUUGUUGCACCUACAACCCCAGUGAGCCCAGCCAAGGAGGUAGAAGUUCUCCCAGCCCCAGGCACCACAUCACUGGUCACACCACCAGCCACCACCAGCCCUGUUACCACCCCAGUUUCUGCCUUUGGCUCUCAGAGGGGAUCAGCCACAGCACCAAGCACACCUGCCCACACCACCACCAGCCACAAAAAUCCUGCCCCUGAGCCCCAACCCACCCACGGGCUUAUCAUACCAGCAGCCUCACUCUACCCCUUCGGCAUGGAGGGAAGGGACCAAGAAUGCGUCCAGAGAACGGUGGAUUUUAACUCCCCCCUGUUCAAGCCAGAGAUUGGGUUCCCCUUCGGAAAGUCGCUGCACGAUGCUCUCUAUUUUACAGAUAACGGACUGAUCAUUUUCCCACCCACUGACAACUACGUCCCCUCCAACCCCAACCCACCUCCCCAGGGCUUCAGCGGCCAGGAGAGUUUGCCGAUGGUGGCUGCCUUUUGGGAUGACGCAGAUUUCUCUCAGGGUGUCGGCACCACCUGGUACCAGGAGUACUCCACCCUCAGCUCUACUAAAGAUCCCCUUGUCCAUGACGUGGAAGCAAAGAUUGAGAAAUAUCUGAAAACCUCCUACGCAGCAAAAUGGACCUUGAAAGUGACAUGGGAGAAAGCUCCAGCGUACCCGUCCCAGCAGGAUGACUCUCAGACAAGUACCUACCAGGCGGUCCUCACCACCGAUGGGAACCGUUCCUUCGCCCUGCUGCUCUACCAGGAUGGCGGGAUGCGGUGGGACUAUAGCAAGCUGGCUGCAGGCAACGUGCUGAUCGGCUUCUCCAGUGGUGAUGGCUAUGCCCAAAAUAACGAGCUGACUCAAAAGCCACCAGCUGUCAAGUACCGACCCGACCAGUACAGCAGCGCUGGCACCGACGUGCGUGGGCUGUGGAUAUACAGGCUGGACAGUCGCUCCCAGGUGAACUACAGGCUGCGGUGCCUGGCGUGGCUGGAAGCGGAGCCAGCGCCAGGCGCCUGGAACAGCCAGCUGCCGCCGUGCCCCUGCGCCCAGCCCCAGGCAGAGCUGGACCCCCGCUACCGCCAGAGCAGAGGCCCAGUGGACGGCUCCAUGAAGAUGCUGCGCACUGCAUCCCCCAGCCCGGCUGGAGCCGGGGUGCGGUGCCUGUAUCAAGACGGGAGCUUGCUUGAAGGCUGGCAGGAGAGAGCAUGGAGCCUCCCCAUCCACCCCACUGCUGACAGGGAGCUGGAGGCAUUCGACUGGUGCUGCCGGCGCGUGGGGAAGCCCCAGUUCUGCACCAGGUUUGCUGAGAAGAGACCACGGGUUGGCUGCGAGGGAUAUGUGCCACCAACUCCUGCUGUUGCCUUCGGGGACCCCCACAUCACCACCCUGGAUGGACUCACCUACACCUUCAACGGGCUCGGGGACUUUGUCCUGCUGCUGGCCAGUGAUGCCCUGACCAGCUUCAUGCUGCACGGGCGCACGGCCCAGACCGGCGCGGCCCAGGCCACCAACUUUGUGGCCUUUGCUGCCAAGUACAUCUCUGCCACCACCACAACAGUUGAGUGGACCUUGGGGAGCCAGGGUGACAUCCAAGUCCUCCUGAAUGAUGAAACCAUCCAGUUUUCCUAUUCCCAAGACAUGAGUGCCGAGGUAUACUACAGCCCUGGUGUCCUGCUGGUCAACACCUCCUCCAUCACAGCCAUCUUCGAUGGGGCCAUUGCCGUCUCCAUCUCAGCCAACUCCGGGAUCCUCAGCGUGGUCUGCAGCCUGCCCGAUCGGUACCGCAACAGCACUAAGGGCCUCCUAGGUGUGUGGGACCACGACCCUGUAGAUGACUUCCAGAUGCCGAAUGGUACAAGCAUCCCUGUGAACAGCAGUGAGGAGGAGAUCUACAGCUAUGGGAUGACCUGGGCUGCUGGAGAGCACAGCUUGUUUGCUCAGCCUAUGGACUCACCAGUACUGAACUUCACACCCAUCUUCUUGUCUUGGCUGCGGCAGGAGAAUGAAAGCCAGUACCAGCUGGCAGCCUCUCAGUGCCACAGCAGCAAGGAGUGCAUCUACGAUUCCCUGAGCACAGGGGACAUGGCCCUGGGCCUGGCCACCCAGAGCCUCGCAGCCGACUUUCAGCAGAAGAAGACAGUACUCAGUGCCUUCCCUCCUGUCAUCACUGGUGACCCGUCGCUCACUGCCUUCAGGACAGAAAGGGUCAGGAGGCAGUACCGUGCCAUGGGGGUGGGUGCACACUUUGUCCCCCACCUCUCGCCAGAGCUCAACAUAUCGGAGAGCGGGACCCUGACAUGGGAGCCCCGUGGGAUGGCCCCACUCACCAUCAACCUGGAGGCUGUCGGAUCCAACAACCUCUCUGCCCUCCUCCAGCUUCGCUUCACCCUUUGCAACUGCAGUAGGAGCCAGGAGUGUGACUACAGCAACACCAUCACCCUCGGGGGGUCCUCCCUGCAGCUGGCAGCCUGCAGGUGCGAGGGCGGCUACUCAGGUCCCUUCUGUCAGGAUCCUCCAGACCCCUGUGCCCAGGGAUGCUUCCCCGGCGUGGGCUGUGACUCACACGCUGGCUGUGGCCCCUGCCCUGCUGGCCUGACCGGUGACGGGCGGCACUGCUCAGAUAUCGAUGAGUGUGCGCAGGGGACAGCGUGCCUGGGGAAUGCCACCUGCACCAACACGGUGGGCAGCUAUGCCUGCUCCUGCCCAGAUGGUGAGGAGGGCGAGGGGCCAGGCUGUGGCUCAACCUGUGGCUCCCGCUCCUGCCCCAAGGGCUACUGCAACAACGGGGGACGCUGCCAUCUGCACCCCAUCUCCUGCACCCCCACCUGCGCCUGCCCCCCAGCUUUCACCGACCAGCGCUGCCUCGUGGCAGGAGGGGAUUUUCAGCCGCUGCCCAGCACAGAUCUCCCUCGGAGAAGUGUUCAGCUGCUGGUCAGGACACUGCGAAAUGCCACUGUCGGGGAAGUCAACAGCACCGUCUCAGCCAUCCUGGGCUCCCUUGAAGUAAAGGCUUUCCAGAGCAACACCAACGUCACCCAGACGACAGACAGUGAUGGCUUCACCUUCGUGGUAGUGUCCGAGUUUGCCUAUGACAGCCACAGCACCAUCAUCCAGUUCCUGAACGAGGAGCUGCCGGGGGCCAUCACCGCUGCCUUCAACAGCCGGCGGAGGCGACGGGAGGUGGGCGCACACCUCCUCUUCCAGCGCCUGCACCAGGACAACAUCACCGACCUGGUGAAGCUGACAGUGGCUGAGCUGAGGUACUAUUUUCCCUGCGGUCUGUACGGCUACAAGGGCUACCAGCUCCACUACACAGGGACCAUCGGCUUCAUCUGCAUCUCCCCUUGCAAGACCGGCUACUGCCAGCACGGCGGCCAGUGCCAGCACUUGCCUGAGGGUCCCACUUGCAGCUGCUUCCCCUUCUCCAUCUUCUCCCCCGCUGGUGCCCGGUGCGAGCGGCUGGCCAUCAGCCUCGCUGCCUUCCUCGGCAUCUUGCUGGGAGCCCUGGCUCUGCUCUGCCUCCUGCUCACCACCGCUUGCCUGGCCUUGUGCCUCUGCCGCAGGCGCCGCCGCCAGCACCGGGGGGCCAAGGAGACCUUCUGGAGGACACAGCCCUUGUCCUCUCUGAUGAUGGCAGGAGAGCGAGCAGAGCCCACGCUCCCCCACUCCCUGGAAAGGUGUUGGGAACCACAGCUCCAGGCCAUUGACCCCUCUGUCCAGAUAAGGAUCCAGAGACCCCACAUCAGGCCCCCGAGCCAGCCCCCGCUGCAGCCCUAGCCUGCCACCAGCCCUGCCCCACCGCCUCUGGGCUCAGGAGGACCCAGUGCUGCUGCUGGCCCUGCCACUCUCAGG